CAUGCUAGUCAAUCACGUUCAACUUCAAUCACGUUAUACAGCUGGUUUAUGUUGCAUGCACACAGCUCGAGCUAUUUGUGUUUUGUGUUUUCCCUGUGACGUUUGUUGUAUCCAAGUUAGUGCAUUUUUGAGACUUCGUGUACUUGGAACAAGAUCGUCAUGGUGCCGAGCUGUACAGUCGAGUUUAACAAAUUGAUGAACGAAUUAGAAACGAGAGAAUUGGAGUCCCCGAACGGGAUCAUGUGUGCACGGGAAUAUGCACAAUUGUUGACCAUCUAUCUCUAUCAAGACAAGAUAUGUAAUGCAAAGUUCCUCUGGAAACGAAUUCCUUCGGAUAUAAAGGCCGUUCAUGAGGAACUUGGACGCAUAUGGCUGGUAGCGCAACGCAUGUGGCAACGCGAUUGGCCCGCGGUGCAUGUAGCCCUCAAUACAGAGUGGAGCGACGAUGUCAAGGAAAUUAUGGUAUCGCUCAAAUGCAAGGUUCGAGAACGAGUAAUGAAGCUGAUAUCGAAGGCGUACUCCUUGCUGAACCUGACGUCGAUGGCGACCAUAAGCGGGCUCUCGUUGGACGAGGCGCGGCAGGCUGCCAUUGACAUGAGGUGGAACAUAAUCGACGGCACUAUCGUGCAGCCGUGCAAAUAUAUCGAUGAGGUGCACAACAAUGUAAACGAAUUUGCUAUGACGGAAGAGAAACUGCACAAAUUCACGGAGUUCGUGUCCUUUUUGGAGAAUUGAGAAGUGACUUCGUCAUCACCUUCAUCCUGCUAUAUGAAAUCGAGUCACCGUACAGUUUCGAUAACGAACUUGGAGCUCUUCUCGCAAUCUCGUCUCGUAAUCCUAUUAUAUAAAGGAGGAAGUGCGCGCCAAAGGUAGCAUCCCCGGUGUUCGUGUUCGUAAAAUAAGCAUACCUCUCUCAGGUGGAAGGAAGGGAGAGAGAUAGAGACAGAGAGAGAACUGCCCACGCGAUUUGUCCGUUUGAUCGGAAGGAUAAUUCAAUGAAGCUCCUCACAAGCGUGGAGUCAACAACUAUAUUAAUCGAUAAUCAGCUGUGCGUGCGAGAGGGCGGACUGGCAUUUGCAAAACGGGAUCUAUCUAUCGAGAGAGAGAGGAGCAAUUUUCCACCUCUCCCUUCCGCCCUUGCUCGUACCUAAUGCUCCUGCUCUCCUACCCUAUGGACGUGGAUCCUUUGAAAAUAUACGCCGUUCGCGACUGUUUGCAUCGUUGUAUAAUUAUCAAAGUGGAUCGCCGCAGUAAGAAUCGCGCGAGUAGUCGUUAAACGUUUCCUCGGCGCGACCACGACGUGCGACGUGCCUCUCUUCGGAUACGCGGACAAUUGGCUCACGGACAAUUUUCACACGUGAUUCUUCGUGGCGUUGAAAGAAGAACUGGGAAGGACUGUUUCAAGUGGCGUGCUUCGCUGGAUUUUGAUAAAGUGUUAUUAUAAGAGCAAGUGAGUGUUUGUAUUUGUUUUUCCUAGUCACAGAUUACCAUUAUUGAUCCUCGUGUACUGUUUCCCCCUCCUUAUACGUGCGGUCCUAAACUAUCGCAUUGUAGGAUGUUACGAACCGAUGAUCAAUUUCAAAUAACUUUCAUGAUAUCUUCAUUAAAAAGGAAUAAAUCAACGUUUUGCUCAUUUUUAUGACUUAAAGACUUAUUAUUAUUAUUUAUAAAGAAUAAUAAUGUCAACUAUAUUUAAUCGAUAUAAUUGAUAUUAUCUGUAAAAGCUUGGUUUUUCCAAUUAAUUCCAAUCAAUUUUAAUCUCAGCUUAACGGAUUCUUGGAGUUGUCGAUUAAAAUUAGGAAGUACGAGAAAUGGUUGAAUCAAAAUUAAUCGACACUUUAACAAAGUUGAUCUCGAAUGGGCAUUGAAUUUUAUUUUACACGUAACUUCGGCAGAAUCACAUUAAAUUUUAUUCUUAUAAGAUGCAUUCGACCGCAAAGGCAAGCGUCUUCGCAGUUCACGACUGUCCACGUGAAAGUCGUAUGAGUAAGAAAAAGAUCGCGCUCACGGGGUUCGCGCGACGGGUGAGUUGCGUCACGCAGAUCGAAUCCGCGCUCGGAAAAAUCGGCGCGGCCGCGCGGACAGAUAUGCAGGCGAGGAUACCGCACUCCAGAGCGGCGCGGUAAUUCUCUAUGAAAUCGAUUCCGGGCCGGCAUUGUUGUGCGCACGGGUGCCGCCAAUUGCGCGCGUGGCAUUACGCAAUCUCGCGGGUAUUCUCGAGACCUGCGGCACGGGCAGGUAGCACUCGUGGUCUCUCCCGGCACCGACACUCGGCGGAGGCUUUUGCUCUUUUUUUUUUCUUUUUCUUUUUUUGGGUUUUGCCGCCACUCUAGAAAGUUGUUGCACCAGUAUCAUUAGUUCUACACGCGCGCAUACAGUCGCGUGCUCUUGUGCGCGUCACUAAUUCGCGCCACGCCUGUAUUCCUCUACAUAAUAAAUACAUAAUAAAAGAUAACGAGCUA